AUGGGAUGUGUGGGCUUGGUGGGUUUGAAAUCAGUGCUUCUCUAUGUUCUAGGUCAGCUCAAUCUUAAUGAACAAGAACCCCCUUAUCUGCCUCAGUUAAACAAAUACCUUCGCUGCUAUCGAUGCCUCUUGGAGACCAAGGAGUUGGGGUGCCUUCUGGGAUCUGACAUCUGCCUUGCCCCGCACGGCAGCAGCUGCAUGACUCUGUUCAUAAAGAACAACAGUGGUUCUGACAUCAUGGUGAGUGACUGUCGUCCUAAGGAGCAGAUGAGUGAUUGCUCGUACACCCGCACUUCUCCGGUGCUUGGCUUCUGGAUAUUCUCUCGAUGCUGCUUCCGGAAUUUCUGCAAUAACCCUCAGAACAGAGCGCUCUAUAUUUCUUAGAAAUUCUGCGGAGACCUCUGGAGUAAUAUUCUGCCAAAUUCCAGCCAUCCCCCCAAUUUCCACCCAGGGGCAGCUGGGACAAUGCCCAUCCCUGCCCACCAGCCCUCCCUGCCUCCCCCGAGUUACUGGACCCCAGCCCUAUCUACUUCUUGGUUGACACCCUUGAAUGUCCCUGUUUCCACUCUGCCCCUUCCCCAGGCUCCCUCUCCAGAAUUUCCUUCAGUCCUGUCUGACAGCUUUCCUCCUGUCUGCUCCCACCUGGAAGCUGCUGCUUUCCCCUGCUUUGCUCCUUCCCUUUUUCCCACCACAGGCCUCUCUUGUCUCAAGUCCCCAGCUGUUCCUGCAAAAUAAAUUGAGGUACUGAAGUAUUUGGUUUGUCUCUCU